GCUUUCUCCACCACAUGUCAUGCAUCACCCCCCCUCUCUCUUUUGCUCUCACCUCCACACGCCUACUUACACACAUGCUGUCACACAGUUCAAAAGUGUAUUAUGUUACAGACAGUCUCUUACCAUUGUACUGACUGCACAAACUUAAUUUUCUGCUCACAACCUGGGAAACCAGCAACACUGCGAGUGGUCUACCAGCUUCCUGUCAGCCUAGACAACCCAGUAUCUUGUCAUACACAGUCGAACAACAUAAAGAUAAUACUUCCUGUCACAUCUCCAGGACGCUGAAAAUUAUUUUACAAAUGGAUCUCCUUUUAUUGAACAAUUAACAACUGCUUUGACACACAAGGAGUUUGACUGCAAAAUUCUGCCUGCAACUUUGACCCCAAGCCAGAGAGAUUUUUCUACUCAAGAAAGAAAAUUAUAAGGAGGCAUGAGUAACACGGCAUCGUCAUCCAACACGACUGUGCUGAUCCUUGUUUUAUGCCUAUUAGGCUUAAUAGUUUUGCUGAUCUUCUUGUACAAGAAGUUGAACAGGGAUGCCAAUGGAGAAUACACCGUGCGGCGCAUGGUGUAUAAGGAUGGAGGGGUCAGGGAUCGCAUGAGAGGAGCAGCGUUAGCUCUGGGGACACGUUUCGGGGUCCAACUGUGGCCUCAAAGUGACGACGACAGAGAAGAAAGCCAGGAAGUCCAAGAUAAGGAGGGACAGGUGGAGGAGGGUGGUAGCCAGGAGAGUGACAGUGAGGGAUAUGGCCAGAAAGAGGAGGAUACUGAAGAAGAGCAGCGUGGUAAGGCAAAGGAAAAUGAAGGUGACUCCUCAGAUGAUAACUCAAGCGUGGAGGGUUCUGAGGCAGAGGAGCAAGCCAGGCUAAUGGAUCAGGCAGAGGCAAAGGGAGAGAUAGAUCAGAAGGGGGAUGAUGGGGAAGGGAAAGGGAAAGCAAGCGGAGGGGGUGGAUUGUUGGUAGAUCUAAAGCAGUUCUCUGGAAGUGCAAUCUGGUCUGAGGAAGAGGGAGGUGAGGGUAAGAACAGUGAUAUCACUGCACUGUGAGAACAGAAUUAAAAAACAUACAAUACAAGGGAGGCUUGGGUAAUGUCCCCUCAUAAGUCCCCUAAUUAGCUCAAUAAACAUCAUUUCUGUACAUUUUAUUUUCCAAUAUAAAUGUUCUGUUUUUUUUACCAGGGAACAUGGGAUCCCCCUAAAUUCACCCACAAAAGUGUUUGAUUGCUAAAAAACAAUAAAUUCCCCCUGAAAAACACUGAAGACAAUGUCCUGAAUGGUAGAUAUGGUUGUGGUUUUAAUACUGCUUAACUUUGAGGCAUCAGAUAACAAGAUCAUUGGUGAAUGAAGCUGUAAUAAAUACUGUAUGUUGUUUUUGUAAAAGUUGACCUUUUAUAACGUAGAAAUAGACUGAAACUUCGUGUUAUUGAGUCAGCCAAUAGCAUACUGUGUAUUUUUUGGUUAUGUUUUUUUGUAUUGCUUUAAAUGUUUUUUCCUGAUUUUCAAGAAAAUAAAAAACAUAACUAUCA